AUGGAUCAUGAGCAUUGCAAUGUUGGCUCAGAAAAUCAGUGUCUCAAAAAGACACAAACUGUAUCUGUGACAAGUGUGUCACCGGUUAAAAUUACCGAACCGCGACAAGUUUGUCAAAUUAUAUUCAACGAUGAUGAAACAUCGAAUCAAAAGAUUCAUGCAAUAAGAAAUAUUCAAGGAUGCUAUCAUAUGGUAUUGUACUAUGAGAAUGUUGAAGAGGAACAUCAUGAUUGGUCUUUAACCGGUUGGAUUGUGGAGUCCCUAGCUAGGACCCUUUUGAAUCAUCCUCUACUAGCUGGUCGAAUCCAAAAAAGAGACGACUUAUCAGGAUUCGAAAUUGUGUCCAAUGAUUCCGGAAUUCGACUCUUAGAAGCUCAAAGUUCCGCCACUUUGUCUGAGUUUCUUGAGUCGGAUAAAAAGGAUCGCGAUGAUCGCGAGGUCGAGCUUGUUUUUUGGAACGAAAUUGAUGCUCAAUUUCCCCAGUUCUCUCCUCUCUUUUAUGUUCAGGUGACGAAAUUUAUAUGUGGAGGAUAUUCGAUCGGCAUUAGUUGUAGUCUUCUUUUGGCUGAAAUUUUGGUUGUUAAAAAAUUCCUAAAUAAAUGGGCAAAUAUUUACAACAUGUUACCUUCAAUCUCAAAUAAAGAAAUUGACACCACCACGUUUAACUAUCUUGAUCUAAACAUUCCAAAAUUUCUCUCAUCAGAGGACUUAAACAACCAUACUCAAAACAAAAACAAAGUUCAAAGUGUUGUAUUCAAAAUCACUACUAAGGAUGUAAAUUUUAGCAAAGAGGUGUGGAGGGAAUUGGCAAUGGUUUGCAUUGAAGAAGUGGAACAAAAGCUAGACAUGAAUAUAGGUUCUAGUUUUACUUUGGUUGUUAAAGAAUUCUUGGAGGUGAUUGAGGUUGAGAGUGUCACAAAGAGUGGAAUUGAGAAUCAAAUUGUUUGUAUUACAUCAUGGAAUGACUUUGAGGAGGAUGAGAUUGUUUUUCAUGAAGAUAAUAAGGCUGUUCAUGUUUCUUGUUGGAUUGGAUCGGUUGCGGAUGCACUUGUGAUGAUAUUCCCAUGCAUAGAGGAGAAUGUGUGUGGUGUGAUUGUGGUUGCACCCAGUUAA